AUAGUCCUAACUUUUACAUUUCUCUGGGUUUUACCUCAUCUUCAUCCCACCAACUAAAAUUCCAUUGCUGAUUCUGUUUUCAAGAUUCAAAUUCACUCUUAAAACCCAAAUGAUUCCCAGAAAAAACCAACCAACAUUAAUUUGGAGGGACAUUCCGGGUCUUGAACCCCUAAAACACGAAGAAAAUGACCUCCUACGGCGUAGAUGCGGUGGUAAUGGUGGCCCUGUUCGUUCAUUUGGCAUUGAUUGUUUCGCUUCCGUUUCAAUGACAGAGAAGAAUAGAGUUGCAGCAACGAUUGAAUUCACACCCAAGGCACCGCAGCUCAUGAAACACCCGCUGGCUAUUGUGGCUUUGGUGCCUAAAGAAGCUGCCGUGUUCGCCGCCGGUGCAGUCGCCGGUGCCGCCGCGAAGACCGUUACUGCACCCCUUGACCGGAUUAAACUCAUCAUGCAGACUCAUGGGCUGAGAGCUGGACAAGAAACUGCAAAGAAAACAAUUGGAUUCAUAGAGGCAGUUGUUUCCAUAGGAAAACAAGAAGGUGUAAAAGGGUAUUGGAAGGGUAACCUUGCUCAGGUGCUACGUAUCCUCCCCUAUAGUGCAGUUCAGCUUUUUGCUUAUGAGUACUACAAGAAACUUUAUAGAGGGAAAGAUGGUGAGCUUUCUGUUAUUGGGAGAUUAGCUGCAGGUGCUUCUGCUGGAAUGACUUCCACUUUUGUCACAUAUCCAUUAGAUGUCCUUAGAUUACGAAUGGCAGUUGAUCCUGGAUAUCAAACAAUCACAAAUGUUGUUGUAAGGAUGAUAAAAGAGGAAGGAAUCGGAUCUUUCUACAGAGGACUUGUACCUUCUCUCAUAGGAAUAGCUCCUUAUGUUGCAGUCAACUUUUGCGUGUUUGACUUGGUGAAAAAGUCUUUGCCAGAAAAGUUCAAAAACAAAACUGAAGCAUCACUAGUGACAGCUUUUGUAGCAGCUACUAUUGCCACUGUAACUUGCUACCCUUUGGAUACUAUAAGAAGACAAAUGCAAAUGAGGGGUACUCCUUAUAAAACAGUUUUGGAGGCUUUUCCAGGUAUUAUUGCUCGUGAUGGUGUUGCUGGAUUAUACAGAGGUUUUGUGCCAAAUGCAUUAAAAACGUUACCAAACAGCAGCAUUAGGCUAACAACCUUUGAUGCUUUGAAACGGUUGAUUGCAGCAAGUGAGAAAGAGUACCAAAGAAUCUUGGAGGAAAAUAGUAAUGAACAAAAGCAAGCUCCCAUUUCCUACUACAAAAUGUCAUUCGCUUUGCAGCUCUCCUUCCCAAAUUUCGAUUUUAACACUGCCACUAGGCAGCAGAGGAUUCAAUUUGUAUGCAACUCUUCUUCUAAGCAAACUAAUUCUUCGAAACAAGAGUCUGAAGAUGAUACUCAACGUACAAGUGAUGAGCAUAGCGUUGUUUUGGUGGAAAGAUAUGGAAAUGGAACUUCAAAGAGGUAUAUACUGGAUGACAAGUUUCACCUAACAACAUUUCUUGAAGAUGACACCAAAUCUAAUGGAUAUUCUUCAAAAGAAUUGCCAUGGCUUCCUGAUAUAGUUAAAGAUUUUGUUCUUCCUGCUGGCUUCCCAGGAUCUGUUUCAGAUGAUUACUUGGAAUACAUGUUGUUACAGUUUCCAACCAAUGUCACUGGAUGGAUUUGUCACACAUUGGUCACUUCAAGUCUUCUAAAGGCAUUUGGUUUGGACUAUUCUUCUGGAACCACAGCUGCAGCUUCUGCUGCUGCAAUAAGAUGGGUGUCAAAAGAUGGGAUUGGUGCCAUUGGGCGUUUUUUCAUUGGUGGAAGAUUUGGAAAUCUUUUUGAUGAUGAUCCAAAACAAUGGCGUAUGUAUGCAGACUUCAUUGGAAGUGCUGGAAGCAUCUUUGAUCUCACUACUCCUCUCUAUCCUGCAUAUUUCCUCCCACUAGCAUCUCUAGGGAAUCUUGCAAAGGCUGUGGCAAGAGGGCUAAAGGAUCCUUCACUUCGUGUGAUUCAAAAUCAUUUUGCUAUUUCAGGCAAUCUUGGGGAUGUGGCAGCAAAGGAAGAAGUUUGGGAAGUAUCUGCACAACUCCUUGGCCUUGGUCUUGGCAUAUUGGUCUUGUCUACACCAGGUGUUGUGAAAUCAUAUCCAGUUUUAGCAUCAACAUGGAUGACUAUUCGCCUUCUUCACCUUUGGCUUCGUUACCUCUCUCUUUCAGUUCUUCAGUUUGACUCAGUAAAUCUAAAACGUGCCCGGAUAUUGGUUAACUUGCAUGUUUCAAACUCCAAAGUUCUAGGAUGUGAGGAAUGCAACAAAAUGGAGAAUAUCUUAUCAUGGGAGAAAUUUUCGGUUCCACAAAUUGCCUUUGGUGUGCCUUUUUCUGACAUGCUUGUUGGAGAAAGAUCAGGCCUCAAGGUGAAGAUGCUUCUGAAACUGUAUGCUAAGGAAAAAUAUAUUCUUGUGGUGAACCAACAGCCUUUCAAGGAUUUUGAGACCCUUGUCUCCUUUAAGGAAGGAGCCACAAGUCUCUCAGUGCUUCGAAGUGUUUGGCAGACAUAUUGGCUGUAUAAGAAUCAAGACAAGCAAAAAGAUGGUUUUGAUGAUCUGAAAGAAAGUCUGAAUGAACUUAAUGAUCAAUUUGAGAACUUUUUACAACAAUUGAGAGACGUUGGAUGGGACAUUGAUCAAAUCAAUUUGAAAGUUCGUAAGGAUGUUUCUAUCCAAGAAUGGCAUGUGGAUUAAUCGUGUUUUGGAAUCCAAGCCUUUUUUUCUUCUUCGUUUUUGAACAUAUGAAUGGAUCCACUAUAUACAAUGUUGGAUGUAAUAAGACAUGUUAUCAAUAAAAUAUAGCAAUUUUUUUGUUUUGUAGUUUUAUGAAAAUUUCCAUUAUGUAUAUAUACCAGUGGUCGUUAAGGGAAGAGAACUUGUUCUAACAUUUUAAUGAAGUAUCCAAUACAUUCCAUGUCUGCAAAAUUUAACUGAUUGCUUAACGCUUAAACUGGUUAGUAGAUUAAAACUCUAUCCGGAUGAGAUUCUUAUAUGUGAAAAUACAAC